AUGGGCAGAACAGAUCCGGGUCCUCAAAAGUACAAGGAGUCAAAUAAAAUCGACAGCAGGUUCGGCCUUAAGGUGCCACAUCAGGACAAAUACUGGACCGAUUUUGUGUUGAAAGCAAAAAACAAAGAUAUAGGCUCCGGAAUACUUUUUGAAUAUCAUCGUUUUGGUUUUGGGGCGGGACCAAUUGAGUCUGGUCCAUGGCAGGGAACAGCUGUUGAGGCCGGACUUAGAUCGGGAGACUUAUCCCCACCAUGGACUGCCCGCACCCCAAAACCCCCCUGGCCAAUAAACUUGUUGUCAACAGAACAAAUAGUAUUUUAUGAAUGGAAUACUCUGUCUAUCUUUGAUAAUAGAUAUAAUACGACACCUGGAGACAAAUUUUCGGCUAGAUAUCCUCAAGAUAACUGCCAGAAGUUCGGAAAAACCCAAAGCGAGCAUGAUUGUUCAGCCACCCACUACGAAAACUACCUGAGGCACGAUUUACACAUCAAAAGGUUUUGCUUUCCAAGUGAAAAAGGUCUCGUUCAGAAAUUACACCCCCAAAAUCCUUUCCCAGGAGGUCAACAUGGGAAUGUGGAUUUGAUCAUGUCAUUUUUGGGAGUAGCCCAUUAUGCAGUUGGGCUCUCUUUCAACCCCUUAACUAUUUUGGGGCUUGUUCCUGUGUUUGCUGCUGGAUUAAUGUUUAUGCAAUAUGUAUCGGUGGAUCCAGAAUCACAUCCCAUUGACAUUAUGAAGGUACGACCAGAAUAUGAUUUUAUAGUGAUAGGAGGUGGUUCGGCAGGUGCAGUCGUGGCAUCCAGGCUUUCGGAGGUCGAAAAGUGGAGCGUACUUUUACUAGAAGCUGGUGGAGACGAAAAUGAAGUUAGCGAUAUACCAACUUUAAGCGGAUACAUGCAAAUGUCGCAAUUUGAUUGGAUGUAUCAAACCAGCCCUCCAACCGAUUCCCAAUAUUGUCUUGCAAUGAUAGGAGAUAGGUGCAAUUGGCCUAGAGGAAAGGCUAGUAGUUAUUAUUUUCUAAAACAAGAAAAAAUCCAGGUACUUGGUGGUUCCAGCGUUUUAAACGCCAUGAUUUAUAUCAGGGGUAAUCGGCAUGAUUACGACCGAUGGGCAGAAGAAGGUAAUACAGGUUGGUCCUACGAAGAUGUCCUGCCAUAUUUUAUGAAGUCUGAAGACAAUAGAAAUCCUUAUCUAGCUAGAACAGCUUAUCAUUCGACUGGAGGUUAUUUGACUGUACAGGAAUCACCUUGGAGAACUCCACUGAGCAUUGCUUUCUUACAAGCUGGAAAGGAAAUGGGGUAUCAGCAUAGAGAUUGUAAUGGCGAGAUGCAAACUGGAUUUAUGUUAUCUCAAGGUACCAUUCGUCGUGGAUCUAGAUGUUCCACCGCUAAAGCAUUUUUAAGACCAGUACGAAAUCGUCCCAAUCUCCACAUAUCAAUGUAUUCCCAAGUAACCAAAAUCAUGAUCGAUCGUAAAACCAAAAUGGCCUACGGUGUAAAAUUCAUGAAAAACCACAGACCGCAUUUUGUCAAGGCCAGAAGGGAAGUUAUAUUGAGUGCUGGAGCUAUUGGAAGUCCCCAUAUUUUGAUGUUAAGUGGGGUAGGACCAAGAGAAGAUUUAGAAAAAUUUAAAAUCCCAGUAAUUAGCGAUUUGAAAGUCGGACACAAUCUUCAAGACCAUAUUGGACUUGGGGGGCUUACCUUUAUUGUGGAUCAACCAGUAACUUUUACAAAAUCCAGAUACCAAACAAUGCAAGUUGCCUUAGAAUACAUUCUCCGCGAAAGAGGACCUAUGACGUCGCUAGGAGGAGUUGAAGGUUUGGCUUUCGUCAACACUAAAUAUGCACCUGAAUCUGGCACGUGGCCUGAUAUUCAGUUUCAUUUUGCUCCUAGCAGCAUUAAUAGUGAUCCAGAUCAGGUUCGUAAAAUAACUGGUCUCCGCGACAGCAUCUACAAUACUGUCUAUAAACCUCUGAAACACGCAGAGACCUGGACGAUUUUGCCCUUGUUGCUGCGUCCAAGGAGCAGCGGAUGGAUCAAGCUCAAAUCCAGAGAUCCUAAAGUUUAUCCAGAAAUAAUCCCCAACUAUUUCACUCACAAAGAAGACAUCCAAGUACUAACAGAAGGCGUUAGGAUAGCCUUAAACGUUUCCUCCUCCAAAGCCUUCCAAAGAUUUGGCUCAAGACCUCACAAGAUACCCUUUCCAGCUUGUAGAGAAUACGAAUUCGAUACGGACGAAUACUGGGAAUGCAGUUUGAGACAUUUUACUUUUACCAUUUACCAUCCAACAUCCACUUGUAAAAUGGGACGCCAAGCUGAUCCAGAUUCAGUAGUGGAUUCAAGAUUGAGGGUGUACGGGGUGGGAAGGUUGAGAGUGGUCGACGCGUCUAUAAUGCCCAAUAUCGUUAGUGGGAAUACCAAUGCUCCGACGAUAAUGAUUGGCGAGAAAGCUAGUGACAUGAUUAAAGAGGACUGGGGGAUGAGGAUAAUGAAAUGA